GACUGGCCAUUGGCUGCCUGUCACCAAGUAAGCCAGUCAUUGGUCGCUGGUGAGGACAGGGCGCUCCCCCUACCCCAGUCUCCCGGGUCUCUUGAGGAGCCCAGCAAGGAGGCUCCGCUAGUGCUGCCGGGCCAGGGGCUGCCGGGACCCGGCUGCCGCAAUCGUUAGCGGGUCAUGUCGGCCGCCCAGGGCUGGGACAGGAACCGCCGGCGGGGAGGAGGCGCCGCAGGCAGUGGCGGCGGCGGCGGAGGUAGCGGGGCCGGCGGGGGCAGUGGGGGCAGCGGGGGUCGGGGGACUGGCCAGCUCAACAGAUUCGUGCAACUCUCCGGGCGGCCGCACCUGCCAGGUAAGAAGAAAAUACGAUGGGACCCAGUUAGGAGGCGCUUCAUUCAGUCCUGUCCCAUCAUAAGGAUCCCUAACAGGUUUUUGAGAGGCCACAGACCUCCACCAGCACGAAGUGGACAUCGUUGUGUGGCAGAUAAUACCAACCUCUAUGUGUUUGGAGGUUAUAACCCAGAUUACGAUGAAUCUGGAGGGCCAGAUAAUGAAGACUAUCCUCUCUUCAGGGAGCUUUGGAGGUAUCAUUUUGCUACAGGAGUAUGGCACCAGAUGGGCACAGAUGGCUACAUGCCCCGGGAAUUGGCAUCUAUGUCACUUGUGCUGCAUGGAAACAACCUGUUGGUAUUCGGAGGUACAGGCAUCCCAUUUGGCGAGAGCAACGGCAAUGAUGUCCACGUGUGUAACGUGAAGUAUAAGAGAUGGGCUUUACUUAGCUGUCGUGGGAAGAAACCCAGUCGUAUAUAUGGACAGGCCAUGGCGAUCAUCAAUGGCUCCCUUUAUGUUUUUGGAGGGACAACUGGCUAUAUUUAUAGCACAGAUCUGCACAAAUUAGAUCUCAAUACCAGAGAGUGGACACAACUGAAACCAAACAACCUAUCCUGUGAUCUGCCAGAAGAGAGAUACAGACAUGAAAUUGCACAUGAUGGGCAGAGGAUUUACAUCUUGGGAGGUGGUACUUCCUGGACAGCUUAUUCCUUAAACAAGAUCCAUGCAUACAACCUUGAAACGAAUGCAUGGGAGGAAAUUGCCACAAAACCCCACGAAAAAAUAGGUUUUCCUGCAGCCCGAAGAUGUCACAGUUGCGUUCAAAUAAAAAAUGAUGUGUUUAUUUGUGGGGGCUAUAAUGGAGAAGUGAUCCUGGGAGACAUCUGGAAGCUGAAUCUGCAGACUUUUCAAUGGGUGAAGCUCCCAGCUACCAUGCCAGAGCCAGUUUAUUUUCACUGUGCAGCUGUUACACCAGCUGGUUGCAUGUACAUUCAUGGAGGAGUGGUGAACAUCCAUGAAAACAAACGGACUGGGUCACUGUUUAAGAUCUGGCUGGUGGUGCCGAGCCUGCUGGAACUGGCAUGGGAGAAGCUGCUUGCAGCCUUCCCCAACCUAGCAAACCUCUCCCGCACACAGCUUCUGCACCUUGGACUCACACAGGGACUCAUCGAGCGCUUGAAAUGAGGAUGUCUGGACUGUUCAUUGAUACUGGAAAUGUUAAUUUAAAGAGACUCCUUUAUUUAUGGGCAGUGUAGAAUUGGUUACCCUGAUCAAGGCCUUAUUCAGAAAAUACAUCAGAUGCCUUUCUGUAAAUUGGUUUUAAGUUUAUGGCAAUCUCACUUUCCCUCAUGCUUCUUUCUUUGCUUCUCUCCCUCCUGCCUCAACACACACACAUACUCACAUACUCCCUCUUCCUGGAUGGACCUGAGGGAAAGUCUGAAAGUACCUUAACAAUGUUAUGAAUCAUGAUCAGAUAAAGAAUUUUUUAAAGGAUCUCUGAAACUAUGACCAUGUCAGCCAGUGCUCCACAAAUUAAAGCAGCAUCAUUGACAAAAACAAAUAAAAUUUUAAAAAAUGUAAAUCCAGCAACAACAACAACAACAACAAGAAGGCUGACCUUGAGAGUUGUGCAGGUUACAUGCCAACCUAGACGUCAAACUUACUGUUUUCCAAGACGCCUCUAAUUGCGUGGCUGGAUCUGAUGGCAGCACCGGCUGACAUCUUGCUGCAUCGAUACCCAAACCCAUCCUUUGACUUUGGAGGAAAGUCAGGCGGCUCAGCAACUCUUGAUCAGUGAUUUCUUUCCACAUUCUUCUGGUGCCAGCAAUGGUUAGAUUUGGCUGUCAAAAGGCUUGUGUGUGUGUGUGUGUUGUAGUUGUGCUGUUUAUUGUUGCUCUUAGAAAUUAUGGCACCAAGAACGUUUCAAAUCAAGGAAUUGAUGGUGGUCAAAGUUCUUUGUUCUGGGCAGUUUUGAAAUUCCCUUGUGCUUACAACUGGUUUCAAGUAUCUCUGACUUCUUCGUGGGGGGACUUGUAGACCCUAAAUAUGUGGCAUAAAUGCCAUGGGGCGUAAAAGUAAGCUUGUGAGAGGCCAGAAAAGAGCAAGGCGGGGAGGGCUUCAGCUCCAGGCUGUGAGCUUUGACCAUCAUAUUGGCCGUUUCCUUUUCAGAACUUGAACACUGGGCCAUGCACCUGCCAUUUUCUCAGGCAGUGGGUUGGUUUUAUCUCUAGAAAGCCAACUGGCCCUUGAUUUUUCCCUUAGCUUAUUGCCUCUUUUUUGUCUGCUUUAAUGUGCAUGGUGCUGUGAGUAAUUGUCUAGUUAUUGGAUAAAAGGUCUUGGGGGAAAAGCCACAGGCCAUCCUUCCCAAAGAACUAUUGUUUUCAAAACUAGCAUGAGGAAGGAAUGAAGCUGAAGAUCAUUAGCUUUUUGGUGUGACAUUUUAGUUCUGGUUUGUUUUGUAUUUUAACUCUAAAAAAAGGAGUGACCUGAAUUUUCACUUCUUUGCCAUCAGGCUGCUAGAGUAGUUGAGCAAGUCACUGAGACGUGAACAUUUGGAAGUCCUCAGGUGUACGAAAGGUGCGGAAGGCAUACAAGAAGGCACAGUGCUGAUCAUCCCGUUGGUCACCUCACAACAGGAGACUCAGACGGGAGAUUUGGGACACAUUUUUCCUUUAAGUGCCUCUUUUUCACUUAGCUUUUAAAGUUACUCUUCUUUUUUCCUUCAUCCCAGAAGGGAUCUCUUUAGCUCAUGUGUGGAUUUAAAAUCACCUUUGAGUUAUGGCUAAAAAGUCACCCUCCAGUGUUGAGUUCUGGGCAAGAGAAAACUGUGGUCUCUAGACUUGGACUCUUAACUUCCAUGCCUUAUUAGAACAUCCCGUCCAUGUUGGGUUGAGUUCAUGGAGCCCAAAUUCUGCAAGGUCUUAUGAUACCACUCACCUGUGAGUUUGGGUCCUUUUGGGGGAAUGAUGGGUGUGGGGCAGAGGCAGGACAAGGAGCAACUCCCUCUAGAGGUCCCACCCCCAUCUUGCCACGACCAAGUCUGUUUGACAUUUAACCUCUUACCGCCCACUGCUAAGCUUACUCCAGUGAGGAGCUCUCUCCGGAGCAAGUCAGGUUGAACAGCGCCAUGAGUUCAAAACAAAGCUUUACCGCACGACUCCAGCCUGGUCUCUGGAUAUUCGGUGGACUAUAUCCAGUUAAAUAAGCUGUGCGGUCUAGGGUGGCGAAAGGGUAUUUGUCAUGGAUUUACGUAGGGACCAAAGCCUCAGUGCUCAGCCUCUGUGCUUACCCUUCCGUGCUCCUUGGGAAAUAAGCAGGUCUCUAGCUUUGCUACACUGGAGAGCUAGAAAGAGAGUCUAGUUCAGUCCACACUUGCUAGCAAAAAGGAUUUAAGCCUUCUGAGGGCAGUCUUCUUUGAGGUAGACUUUGGAGGCCUGACAUCCAAGACCUUGUGUGUGACAUUUUUAUAAAAGUACAUACCCUUGGCCUAAAGUGUCUUCUUUUCAUAUAACACUAGUGAAAGCGAUGUAGAAUGACCAGCUCUGAGUGCUAUAGAACCACACAUAUGCACAUGUUCUGGAUGCCAAAUGAGACUGUGUGUAUGAUGACUUAAAUAUAGAUGAGCAGAAUUUUAUAUAGGGGGUCCCCGACCAUUUAGUAUCCCUAUAACCAGCACCCUGAAUUCCUGACACUGUUACUUGGUUUAGGAAAGUUUAUGCCUGCUGCUCCUCUGCCUCUUUGAGGUACUCCCUGCCAUCUUACUGCAGUCCUGUAAAUUUAAGUGCAAUAUAUAGAAACACAUAUGGAUAUAUACAGAUUAUAUAUAGGGUGUAACUAUAAAGCAGGUAGACUACUUUUUUUUUUUUCUUUUUUUUUGAAUCUGCCUUGGGGAAAGCCAGCUCAUUCCUUUAGAGUCAACUUAUACCAAGAAUUUGAGAUGUGACCAGCUAGCGUAAGCCAACUCUUGGUCAAUCUGGAUUUUCAGGUCCUUGUUUUCUUACUCCAGUUCUUAAAGACUUCUUAUUCCUUGGGUUUGUUAGAGUUGAGACUUUCCCCCAGUCAUCUUUUGUACUGUCUCAUGUUUGCAUAUCUUACUACAUUUCUUGCCCACGAAAAAAGGAAGUCUACCUGUAAGGAAUUUCUAAAUGGAGAAUUAAAAUCUAAUAUUUAAUACUGUCAGCUUUCCCAUGUACAUACUAAUUUAUCUGUGAAUAUAAGACUUUAUUAAACGAAGAAAAUGAGGCUUUCUUCAUUUAAUAAAAUAUUUUCCACAUUCUGGAAAAUCUUAUUAACCAAUAUAGAAUAGAAUGAAAUUUUCACUGUUCUUCAGGGGCCAAACUGAAAUCCUUUCCACUGGCAGAGUCUUUUUUCAGGGCCCUCGUGACAUGGUGUAAAAAUUUGCUCUAAAUUAUUCAUGUCCAUCACAUAGCUAGAUUUAAACAUAUGAUGAUAAACAUUAACAUUUCUAAGCAAAAGGUUUAUUAACAGUGACCUUUGGUUACCCAGAGUAGCAAGAGUAAAGCACAGAUAAUUGAAACUCAUAGAUAAUCAGUGUUUCAACUUUUCUAUCAAACAACUGAUCCAUUUAUAUUCUUCCUCCUCCUUACCCCUUUCCCACAAGCACCUCCUUUUCAGUGGAGUAGGGCUAAUAAGUAGUUAGAAAUGAAAACGAAGAGUCACGGAGGGCUAGAAACCAGCAAGCAUAUAGGCAGCCCUAUUAGCUGUAAUUGUCAAUUUGAUGACAGCUGUUGAAUGCUGAAAUUAGGACCCACGGGUGGUAAUCCUGAGUUGAGAUGUUAACUCUUCACUCCUCUGCUUCGGCACGGUUUUCCUGCCCUGAGUUCUAGGCUGUCUCUCCUAUAACCACCAAAGAACUCUUAGCACCUAGAGGAAGAAAAAGCUGCUGUGUGUGAUGCAGAGAGAAUCCCAUCAUUUGAACACAUUUCUUUGGCUCUUGACAAAUACUUGCUUUUCCUCUGUUCUUGCAGGAGCCUUAUUUUUUCCUUUGGGAAUUCUGUUCCCAGCCAUAUAGCUUGGCAUGUAGGAAAAGGUUGAAUUACCCUGUAAGUCUGUGUUGGUCUUAAUUCUGUAAAACCAGUUUGUUUUUAUGUGGUCUUGCAGAUGUUUAGCAGGUGGCACCGUUACUAUAAAUCGUCUACCUGCCAGCACUCUGAUGUAGCACAAGAAGCCGUUUUCCUUAUUCUUCAUUGUUCUGGCGUUGAGCUCCAGGCCGGAUGAGGGCUUACGGUCCCGUGAUCGCGAGCUCCAAAAACUGGUCACUGUUAGCUUAAAGUGCUUUGGUUCCCCAAAUUCCUCGGGACUCUAGGGGCGUUGGCAGGGCCUGAGGCCGGCUUCGUAGAGCUCUGUACCUCCCGUGUGUGCCGCCGCGGGUCGUGCCCAGUGAUGCUGCUUCCCUUCUGAGGUCACUGGGUUUGGUGGGAAGCGACCUCUUCUCUUACCUGGUGUUACAAAAAGGAGUUCUGAGUUGUGCUUCAAAAGCGGUACCAUCUUUUUAGUUGUAAUUUUCAUGAUUUUAUUUUUUUUCACUUCAUAGAAGUUUUUGAAAGGCCCUGCUUAGUGCGCAGGGUGAGUCCGAGGCAGUCUCACUGAGCUGUAGUGAUUGCUGUUUUACUAGUUGCACAUUUAGAAUACAAAGGAGGCAUCAGAAACACACUGACUUUCUCUGAAGCCGCUUCCUUGUACACAGAGUCUGAGCAGGGACAGCGCCAGGCAUUUCCCUGUAAAGGCACCUGCCGAUGAGGAUUUGACUGGAAGAACCUAGGCAAGAAAGGGGAACCUCUCACGCAGUCUCUGAGGGCAGGCCUGGGCUUGGCUCUUUGUACAGGGUGUGCUUAGGCCACACACGAUGCUUGCCUUACUGUAAAGCUAUUUGCCACAGUCCUGUUAAAUAGUGUGGAAGUCCUUUUGCAGUCUGGUGUGCAUGCCAUAUGAUCAGGACAGCUUUUCCACCUUAUUUGGUCUCCUACGAGCACGUAGGAAAAAUAGUGAAUUUACCCUAAAAUGUCCAAUCUGUAUUUAUGUACCUUGUCAGUGUUUUGCUGUUGGUUUUCUAAAACAAUCUGAUCAAUAAAUCUUAUCCAAAUCUA